AUGACGGUUCCGCAGCGGCUGAACACGCAGCACCCCCUUCACUGGCACCCCCAGAACAAAAACAUCCCUUACGGUGGGUACACCGGGCACUACUUCAUAACCACCCUGCUCUACUCCUUCUUCCUGGGCUGCUUCGGCGUGGACCGGUUCUGCCUGGGCCACACCGGGACGGCCGUGGGGAAGCUGCUGACGCUGGGGGGCCUGGGGAUCUGGUGGUUCGUGGACCUGAUCCUGCUCAUCACCGGCGGGCUGAUGCCCAGCGACGGCAGCAACUGGUGCACCGUGUACUGA